AUGGUUCUCGUCAAUGUCAACCGCGAAGUUAGCGAUAACUUCUAUCGCUACAAGAUGGAGAAACUCAUCACCAAGGUUGAAGGAAAAGGAAACGGUAUCAAGACCGUCGUCGUCAACCUUGUCAACGUCGCCAAGGCUCUCAGCCGUGACCCCAACUAUGUCAUCAAGUACUUUGCCUUUGAGCUCGGAGCCCAGACCAACACCGACCCCAAGGACGACCGUUGGAUCAUUAACGGUGCCCACGAGGCCGCCAAGCUCCAAGACCUCCUUGAUGGUUUCAUCAAGAAGUUUGUUCUUUGCCGAGGCUGCAGCAACCCCGAAACCGUCGUCUUCAUCAAGGAUCCUCGCAUCAUUCUCGACUGCAAGGCCUGUGGCCAUCGCACCGAUGUUGAUAUCCGCCUCAAGCUUUCCGGCUUCAUCAUCAAACAUGAGAGCAAGAAAGGCAAGGGCAACAAGGCUGACAAAAAGGCUGCUCGUCGUGCCAAGAAGGAGGCUGCUUUGAACGGUAAUGCUUCUGGCGACGAGGGCUCCGACCACUCAGGCGAGAACGGCACCAAUGGCUUUGAUGCUAGUGAUGACGAGUUUGAUCGUGUUGCCCCCGCUAUUGACAGCGACAAUGAGGUUAGAGACGAUGAGUGGGCUGUCGACAUGAGCGAGGAAGCCGUCAAGGCUCGCCAGGCCCAGCUCCCUGAUGAGUUCAAGGGCAAGCUCAACAUUGACGAUGACGAAGCUGGUGGCGAGAGCGUCUACGACGAACUCGGUCAGUGGAUCCAGGCUCAGGCCAAGGACAAGGGUGGCAUCGAUAAUGUCGACUCCGUCCAGGUCUAUCUCAAGGCCAAGGAGCUGGGCAUUGAGGGCAAACACAAGACUAUCCAGGUCCUAGUCCAGACUCUAUUUGACAAGAACAUCACUGCGCAGAUUCCCAAGCGCGCAGCCAUGAUCAAGCAGAUUGGUACUUCCGAGAAGCACGAGAAGGCUCUCCUUGGUGGUACCGAACGCCUCAUGGGCUUCCUCGCCGAGGAAAACCCCGACGUGUACCCACAAGUUGUCAAGAUUUUGCAGCUGUACUACAACAGUGAUCUCAUCACCGAGGAAGUUGUCGUGCCUUGGGGCAAGAAGGCGAGCAAGAAGUACGCCGAUCUUGCUGUCAGCAAGAAGGUCCGCAAGGCUGCUGAGCCUUUCCUCAAGUGGCUCGAGGAGGCUGAGGAAGAGGAAUCUUCCGACGAGGAUGACGAGUAA